AUGGCCUGGGAAGGGGGGCCAGAUAUCGCCGUUGUGACGGGGAGACUAGGAGACGGCGUCUUGGGGCCGUUUGAAGACGGUGCUGAAGUGAACGACGAUUGCGAGUCUCCGUUGGAACUCGCGGAAGACGCAAUAGAACUAACCCGGGGAGACGAUGUACUCGAAGAUAUGGUGGUACGUCAGACGGUCCCCGGGUUUGCGUCUGGGAAAUCGGCGGGAGAUCCAGUUUCACGGCGCUCGACAAAAAUGCCACGAUGGGCUGCAAGGAAGCUCAAAUACAAGUCGAAUAAGCACGACCUGCGUUUGAGUGCAAACCAACACCACAAUUGGGCUUCAAUUUAUUCAGGGGAACAACGAGCCCGAGGCAAAACGAGACAAGCGGACCAAUUGGGCUUGUCGACGGUUCAACCGAUGGAAUUAGGAAGUGAAUCUGGGACGGUGUUACGUUUGCUGGACGCGUACGAACUUAUUCGACGGGCUGUGAUUCAGCACUUGCGGGGAAAUAGACACGGCGAAUGUGCUUCCUCGGCAAUGGUGGAUUUCCCGUACGGCGUGGUCGUUACAGGUCGUGAAGCUCUAAAGAAAUCGUCAAUUAUGAUGAACCAACGCGGUUAA